AAACUAGACCUAGACACGAAGAUCGGUGCCAUGGCGACAUGUGAUGCCCUGUCAAACGUUGAAGAUUUGACAUCGUGUUCCAUUUGUUUUGAAAAAUUCAAGUCACCUCGACUGCUACCGUGCUCUCAUUCUUUUUGUCACAAAUGUUUGUGUGCCCAUAUCGUUUCAAGUUGUGAACACAAGGAUGUUCCUUUGGGAUUCCCUUGUCCUCUCUGUCGAGAGUUUAUUCCAUCACCAGGACAACUUGGUGAAACAACGCAAUGGGUAGACAAGUUUCCAAUCAACGACGUCAUGGUUCAAAUGGUGAAUGAGACUCAGGACUUCAAAAUCUGUUGGGCUUGUAGAAGAGGGAAUGAAGAAGAAGAAUCAAACGAAUUUUGUUUGACAUGCGGGGAACCGUUAUGCAAAUUGUGCUCAAAGUUUCAUCGAAUAAACUUAACUAGCAUGAAUCACAAGUUAUGCCCCAUCUUAGAAUUAGGAUCACACAGUUUUUGCUCAAGCCGCAAUAUUCUGUGCUGUGAAAAACAUAAAAAGCAAAUUGUGUUGUUUUGUAAUGAUCACAGAGCACCAUGCUGUUCUGAAUGCUUUACGAUGGACCACAAAAAAUGUGCAAUUAUUUUAACUGUUGAAAAAGCUGUCAAAAACUUACGAAGUUUGAAAUUAAUGGAGGAAUUAGAACUACAGUUAGAGAAUAUGAAAGAGGGAUUGCAAAAAGCAAAGAGGUCUCAGGAAGAUAAUAUGAGAUUAUUGGACGAUGAUUUCGACAAAUACACAAAAGACGCAGAAAAACUUCAGCAGGAUAUCUUGUCUCAUGUAAACAAAUUAUUCGAUAAACAUUUCAUAGAUAUCGCAAAGAAAACAAAAGAAGCAAAACAAACGUUGGAGAAAAACACACUCUCCGUCUCUGAUCGCCUAAAUUUUGUAGAACAUCUGUUAAAACAACUUAAGCAAGGAAAUGAGCCAGCAGACAUAGAUGAGAGGAAUGUUAAAUAUAUUUUAACUUUUCACACAGUGAAGGAAAAGAUGGCAGAAAUAUUGAAAAAUGCCUUUAAUGAAAUCAAAGUUGUUGUGACAUUAGAUAUUUACGACAGCAUCAAGCAAAUUCUUGAUUUUACAAGUAUUGGAACCAUGCUUCUGACAGAAAUUCCUAUUUUUGAAAUAAUAGACGCCAGAAAAGCGGAAUUUUCCAAGCUAAUCAAAUAUCACGAUUUGCGGGCAAGGGUAAGAGGAUGUACAGUGUUACCUAAUGGAAAUUUAUUGUGUACGGAUCAUGAGAAUUCAUGUUGUGUACUUAUUAAGGAAAAGAACCAAGAAACCAUUCAACAUUCUACAGCAUUUCAGUUAGAGUCCUUACCAUGGGAUAUCCUGUUAGAUGAAGGUGUGUUAUAUGUUUCAUAUCGUAGCCAUGUAAAUUCCCAUGUUCAUCGAUUUUCUGCAGACGAUUUUCAUGCUUUGGAUCCUAUACACACAGGGACGUAUUGCUCUGGACUCGCUAUUAUCGGAGAUUUAUUGUUUGUGGUGUCUGAAAGCUGUUGCAUAUUAAAAUUGAAUAAAAACGGACAAGGACAGGUGGAACGCAUUUACCAAACACAAACAACACAUCUAAGAUAUCUAAUUGACCUAGCAGAUGGUACGCUUGUUUGUAGUAAUUUUGAGGAUGAUUUAGUCAAAGCUCUAGAUGAAAUGGGCAUGGAGAAAUGGACUUACCAGCACACUGAACUAAAAGGACCUUAUGGUCUGGAUAAGGAUUCCCAAAGCAAUAUUUAUGUGGCUGGAAGAAACAGCAACAACAUCCACAUUUUAUCUAGACAAGGGAUUUUACUCAGGAUCUUGGGAGACAUCAUUAGCCCAGUGUGCCUUAAAUUAAGAAAGGAGACCUGUACUGCUUUUGUCGUGUGUCAUGAGGAAUCAAAAGUAUUGUCCCAGGUGAUGUUAUAUCAAUUUAAAUGAAGUUCAGUGCUUCAUCGUAUUUCUAUGAAUGCUGACGUUAAGGAGAAAAAUCAUUUUUCCCAAAGAUUCUCUUUCCCUGUGAUAGAAACUUUUCCAUAAUAUAUGAUAUGUAAAUUUUAUAUAUAUAUAUUAUAUAUAUUAUCUAAAUUUUGUUAAAUGUAAUGAAGUUUGCUAGUAAGACACAACCAAUUAUCAUAUAAUGACAAAUUGAUUAUUUUUCAUUCUUAAUUAUUUUAUUA